AUGCAGUACGUGCGCAGUUUGAGUGGCCCGGUUUCCAAGACGUGGAAUUCAAUCAAYCCUGCCACUCUCAGCGGGGCUAUUGAUGUGAUAGUCAUCGAACAUGAGGAUGGAAGCCUGGCCUGUUCGCCCUUCCACGUCAGAUUCGGCAAAUUCUCUCUGCUUCGUCCGUCCGAAAAGAAAGUCGAGUUUAGAGUCAAUGGAGUCAAGCAAGACUAUUCUAUGAAAUUGGGCGACGGAGGGGAGGCUUUUUUCGUCUUCGAAACGACCGACAAUGUACCGGCCGCGCUCCAGACUUCCCCGAUAGUUUCGCCUGCAAGCAGUCCGGCGACGUCAGUCAGUGAAUUGCCUUCUCUCCAAGAUCCUCCUGAUCUGGAUUUGGAUGGUGCCCAAAGCUCGAAGAAUGAGUCGAGAGACCCAAUUGGCAUCCCAAUUCCAAAUGAUCGCUUUGGAAGUCACAAUCUCGGAAAUUUGACGCCCUUGUCACAAUCCCCGAGUAGCACCGCUAUACCGCGAAAUCGUCUCAAUUCUUUCGAUGAACACACCCUUGUGCCGAAGCUGGAUCGCUCCGCUUCAGAUGGCAUCUUACAACAAGACAGAGAGGCGCUAGGGAGCGAACCCUCAAGUCCUGCCAGCUUGCUCCGUGCGGCGGCUCGAGGCACCCAUCAGGAUCACCUUUCAAUUAGCCCUCCGCCCGUAUCGCCUAGUGAGGCUAUUUCGCGCGCGAUAGCCCUGUCGAAGAAAUUGUCAGGUUCCAAUAUCCCUUCGCAAGUUACCGAGACCGGUGACCUCAUGUUGGACAUGACUGGAUACAAGAGUAGUGAGGAGGAUGCGCUUCGUGCGGAGGUCGUUGCUCGUAAAAUCCUUUCUGAAGAACUGGAAGGUAAUUACGACAUCGGCGCUUUGAUCGGCGCCGACGACCAUGGCAACCUCUGGAUCUAUAGCAGCGAGGAAGCUAAAGUGGCCGCCGACCGUCGCGCUACGCUGAGCUCGCUCAAAUCACAUUCUGUUCCGUUCAGUGAUGAUGCAAUCUCAGAUCCAGGGUAUCAUAGUGAUGGAGAAUCAAGUACUCUACAGCCUCCGGUACAGACUCGUCAUCACCGUGCUCAGUCUGAUGUUCAGCCUGGCUUCCCAACUCCACCUCAAACUCCACCACAAGAUGCGAGUGUCGGAGACCCCAAUCGGAACUACGCAAAGACGCUGAGAUUGACCAGUGAUCAACUCAAGGCUCUGAAUCUCAAAUCUGGAGCUAACCCUGUUUCCUUUACCGUCAAUAAGGCUACUUGCCCAGCUACAAUGUACCUUUGGUCUUAUAAGGUCCCUAUUGUUAUAUCUGAUAUUGAUGGCACAAUCACAAAGUCGGACGUUUUGGGCCACGUCUUGAAUAUGAUUGGACGCGACUGGACACAUCAAGGCGUUGCAAAACUUUUUACGGACAUUGUGAGCAACGGAUACAACAUCAUGUAUCUUACAAGUCGCUCUACCGGCCAAGCAGAUUUGACCCGAACAUAUCUCAAGGGUGUCUUGCAAGAAGGAUACAAACUACCACCAGGCCCCGUCAUCAUGAGCCCUGAUAGGACCAUCGCGGCACUGCGACGCGAAGUCUAUUUGCGAAAGCCCGAGGUUUUCAAAAUGGCUUGUCUGCGUGAUAUACUCAAUCUUUUCCCGCCAAAUCAUAACCCCUUCUACGCUGGUUUCGGCAACCGUCUGACAGAUGCCCUGAGCUAUCGAUCCGUCAAUAUUCCUUCGUCACGCAUCUUCACGAUCAACUCUAAUGCUGAGGUCUCUUUGGAUUUGUUGAGUCUCAAUAAGUACAAAAGCAGCUACGUGACAAUGAGAGAGUUGGUCGAUCACUUCUUCCCUCCAAUCAGUCUACUUGUCCAAGGAGGUGGUGAGGAAUUCACCGAUUUCACUUACUGGCGAGAGCAUGCCGACUUGGAUGAUUUCUCAGUCACUGACAGCGAGGCAGAAGAGGAGGAACGGGACAUCGGGAGCGAACGGGGUUAUAGUGAUGACGAUGCCAGUGACCUUGAUGAAGAUGAGCCAGUCGAGGAAAUGGGUGAUAGUUUCAUCUCUCGUGACUCUUUCGAAGAAAAUGAAUUGGCCGGUUCUAUAAUCGAUUCGGUCCUUGGAGAUGAGGAAAUAUCCGACGAGGAAUUAUCUGAAGCCGAUGACGGUCUCCCCGAUGUAGGCGGAGUGUCCUUGCAUGGUCCUCGUCAUUGA